AAGGCUUUUCAAACUUUCAAGAGAACUCAAACGCACGAGACUACUGCGGAAAGAACAAGAAUGAAAUGAGAUUAUAAUUGUCAUGGAAACAAAAUAUUUUGGUCAAAAAUGCAGGCAGCUUUGUGUUCUCACCUCACGAUAAAUAUAUGUUUGAUAAGCUGCGGUUCUCUUCUAUCAGUUAAGUCAGAUAAAUUAUUAUUAGUAUAGUUAGUUCAGUGAUAUAUCGCGCCUGCGCCUGAGCGAUGUUGUACAUGCAUAGAUUAUAUAAAGUGGCAGUUCCAUUGUGUGUGACGGUGUUACGUGUAAAGUUUCGAAACGAGCGUUAAAAAUGGCAUCGUUUGGCGCGAGACCACGAGUUUUGGUCACACAUAAUGACCUGCCGCAGGAUGCUCUGGAUUUACUGAAGGCAAAGUGUAAUGUUACAGUAAUGGAUUCUAUAAAGCCAAAAACAGCAGAAAUAUUAAAGUUACUCCCUGAAUAUGAUGCACUUUUGGGAAAGACUAAUAUCGAUGCCCAAUUCCUAGAUGCUGCGGGGAGCAAGCUAAAAAUAAUCUCAACUCCAUCCGCUGGUUUUGAUCAUUUGGAUGUGGCCGAAAUAAAAAAACGAGGUAUCAAAGUGGGAAAUGCUUCGCAAGUGUUGUCUGCUGCAGUUGCGGAAGUGGCCGUGUUUUUGUUGCUUGGCGCGACAAGACGAGCGCACGAAGGACGACAACAACUCGAAAAAGGUAUAGUAGGAUCUGGAUUCCAAUGGAUGCUCGGUCACGACUUGAGAAAUAAAACCGUUGGAAUCGUCGGUUUAGGAAACAUAGGUGUAGAAAUUGUCAAAAGACUGAAGCCUUUUGAAAUCAACAAAUUUGUUUACACCGGUCAUUCUAGAAAGAAGAUUGGAGAUGAGUUGAAUGCGGAAUUUGUUUCUUUCGACAAGCUGCUCGAACGGAGCGACUUCGUCGUCAAUUGCGUGCCUCUGAAUGCAAAAACCGAGAAAUUGUUUGGCGACAUUGCUUUCAACAAAAUGAAAAAGAGCGCCGUUUUCGUCAAUAUCGGUCGCGGCAAGACCGUCGAUACAGAAGCUUUGGUUAGAGCUUUGAACAAUCGAACAAUUUUUGCUGCUGGACUUGAUGUUACCGAACCAGAACCACUGCCCAUCGGUCACGAAUUAAUGAAACUUUCGAAUGCUCUGGUCAUUCCGCACAUGGGUAGUGCAACCAUCGAGACCCGAACUGACAUGGCAAUAGCAGCUGUUCAAAAUAUACUUAACGGCUUUGAGAGCAAACCUUUGCUAUACGAACUGUGAUUGUAAAAUAAUUCAAUUUCUGUAAGGUCUAUCUACUGAGUAAUGUAUUAUUUUUCUUGGCAAACUGAUAAAUGUUAUAACGUAAAUUAUAUAAAUAAUAUGCAAAUGUUAUAAUACUAAAUCCAUAUUUUCUUUUAAAAGAAAGAUGAAAACUCGUGUUUUUUCUUGAUUUCAUGUCCCAUCAUG